UGUCUCAGUUCUGCUUUCUCACUUUCAGCUCCAGCAGCGUCCGCAGCUUCUCCCGAGUUUCCUUCCUCUUUGAGCCUCUGCUCCGUGCGUAAGUCAGGAUGAGCGACGAGGGACCGAUGGGCCCGUUGCAGGCCAAGAUGCUGAAGGCGAAGGAGAUGAGCGAGGAGGAGAAGGUGUACAGAUACAAUGGUGUGCUGUACUUGACCCUCCUGUCUCCCGAGGAGCAUUUAAAGUGUGUGGAGAAGAUGCAGGCCAGAGAGGACGACACCAUGCUGGUGGCUUACCCCAAAUGUGAUGCGAGCACCUUCAAAGCCAUGAAGGAAAACUCCAGCAGCUCCCACGGCAAUAUGGGGAAUGUCUUCUUCAGGAAAGGUGAGGUUGGAGACUGGAAGAACUAUUUCACACCAGAGCAGAGCCGAGAGAUGGACGAGGUCUUCAACAAACGUCUGGCAGGAACAAAGAUAGGAGCCAAACUUAACUAUCAAGCACACUGUCAGUAGGAGGAAGACCAAGGAAGACGCAGGAGAGCUUUUGGAAAAGGCAUCUUUAUGUGGGUUUACCUUUAAUAUUGUUAAACUUAAAUUAGUGGAUGAGGCUCAGUUCACAGCCCAAAGACCCACUGUUAAAAUCUCAAGUCAAGGGAAAACCGAUCUCAUGAUUCAAGCAUUUUAACUCCAAUAUGCAAACGUAGUUUCAACCGAAGUCUGAUUGUGUUGUGAUUAGAACCUAUCCUGCUCAUUUCCAGCUCCAUAUUUCUAUCCUUGGACUGGAGUAACUUUGCAUUAUUCACAGCACCAGUACUCAAGCUAUAUAUGCACCACCCACUUCUCAAUUUGAACAUCAGAUGGGGCUCCUGUGCCUCAGAUGACCUCUUUUUGACAUCAUACAGAUCCAAGAGUAGAAAAAACUGUCACAAACUGAGUGUUUAUAGCAGUCUGCAACCGGAGCUUUUGACUGACAAGGAUUAUUGUGUCUCAUUAUUUAAAACUCUGGUCAAGUUUAAUAUGAACAUCCAUCAUUAGACCAGGAAAUAAGGAAAACUAACUCAAACUAAAACUGCUUUUUGUUUCCUUUAAAUCACAUAAAGUAGAUAAAGUGAGAGAUGUUUGGUGCAGUCCUGAUGGAUUCAAACCAAAUGAGCACACUCGUUCGACCGGCAGCUACCUGGA